GUAUUACUGAAGGGAGUGUGACGUGGCCAAUCAAGUAAUGCUUUCCAAAGAUUGUGUUGCACAGUGUCUGCGCAAUAUCCGGGUUUGUCUGUGGCAAUGGAGCAGAGUCUACUAUCCGAGGACGGGAGAAAUGCUCGAGCAGUGGUUUGUCAGCGCUGCAGGUGUAGAGUUCUCUCAGCUGGGGUGGCUACGCUGGCGAGAAAAGAGGUUCUCCUGCCGCUGAUGAGAAUGAAGACUUUAGUGGCUGAGGCCUCUGCUCCGGAAUGCGAGGUUCUGGUUGAGCACUGGCUAGUACAUGAUAUGUUCACAUUUGAAAACGUCGGCUUCAGCAAGGAUGUUGGGUCAGUGAAAUACCUGGUAUGUGCAGACUGUGAAGUGGGUCCUAUCGGAUGGCACAGUCUGGAAGAGCGGAACAGCUUUUAUGUGGCUUUGGAGAGAGUGCAGCACGAGUGAUGACUCAUGAUGGAAGAACAAGUAACAUUGACUUGUGAAAUAAUGUGCUGGCCAAGUUAAUGCGGAUCUCACUGACAUUGUGCUAUCAAUCUCUAAUUGUAGAUUUUCUAUAUAGUAAGUACAUAUAGGAUCCUUAAUGUUAUUUCCUCUGGGGUUUGUAGUGAACCUGUCACAUGCUUGACAUGAUUGAUGCAAUCUGUGUUGUGUUCAAUUUAUUACAGUAAUUAUACAGUCGUUUAUUUAUACACCCCGAUUCUAUCGUUCUCCGAAUGUUAUUAAUCAGUUACAAUUUGUGACAAAAUUGCUGAUAUGUAUUCAUCUAUACAGGUUCUCCUGCCGCUGAUGAGAAUGAAGACUUUAGUGGCUGAGGCCUCUGCUCCGGAAUGCGAGGUUCUGGUUGAGCACUGGCUAGUACAUGAUAUGAUGCAAUCUAUCAUUUGGUUAGAAUACCAUUUUAUAAAGUUACACUAAAAUCCAA